GUUUCAGGCACGGAUAGCUUUCCUGCAAGGUGAAAGAAAAGGUCAAGAAAAUCUAAAGAAGGAUUUAGUACGAAGAAUAAAAAUGUUAGAGUAUGCAUUGAAACAAGAAAGGGCAAAAUACCAUAAAUUAAAAUAUGGAACAGAGUUAAAUCAAGGAGAAAUGAAGAUGCCAUCAUUUGAAUCAGAAGAAACCAAAGAUUCAGAGAUUCCUGCAGGACCUCAGAAUAGUCAGCUGACGUGGAAGCAAGGGCGACAGCUUUUAAGACAGUAUCUUCAAGAAGUUGGGUAUACAGACACAAUUUUAGAUGUUCGGUCGCAAAGGGUACGUUCUCUGCUUGGACUUUCAGGCUCUGAGCCAAAUGGCUCUGUUGAAACAAAGAACCUAGAACAGAUACUCAAUGGAGGAGACUCUUCUUCACUGAAACAAAAGGGACAGGAAAACAAAAGGAACUCAGGUGAUGUCCUUGAAACCUUUAACUUCUUAGAAAGUGCAGAUGACAGCGAUGAAGAGGAUGAAGGAGACAUUAUAGAAGAAGUCACUGAUGGGAAAGACCAACAACGAUUAAACAAAAAACACAAAAUUGGAAAUGAAGGUUUAGCUGCUGAACUUGCUGAGGAUACAGAAGAAGCACUAAAAGAAUUUGACUUCCUUGUGACAGCAGAGGAUGGAGAAGGAGCAGGUGAAGCUAGAAGUUCAGGAGAUGGCACUGAGUGGGACAAGGAUGUCCUGUCCCCAACUGCUGAGGUUUGGGAUGUAGACCAGUCUCUGAUAAAUAAACUGAAGGAGCAGUACACAAAGGAACGCAAGGGAACAAAGGGGGCUAAGCGGGUAAACCGGACGAAAUUGCACGAUAUGAUUGCAGACCUGGGUGAUGAGGAUCUGUCCCACAUCCCGCCAGGCAUCCUGAGUCCGGCCCGGUCACCAACCAGAAUAACAGAUCAUGAAGGUGGGAGGGCAGAGGAAGCUGAGCCUAUAACUUUUCCAUCUGGUAGUGGGAAGUCUUUCAUAAUGGGAUCCGAGGAUGUCCUUGAGAGCGUUUUAGGACUUGGAGAUUUAGCAGACCUCACUGUGACCAAUGAAUCAGACUACAGUUAUGAUAUGCCAUCAAAUAAAGAUGCAUUCAGGAAGACCUGGAACCCCAAAUACACCUUAAGAAGUCAUUUUGACGGUGUCCGAGCCCUGGCAUUUCAUCCUGUUGAACCUGUAUUGGUGACUGCCUCUGAAGACCACACCCUAAAGCUGUGGAAUCUGCAGAAGACAGUCCCUGCCAAAAAGAGUGCCUCUCUUGAUGUGGAACCAAUCUAUACAUUUAGGCUCACAUGUGGUCCAGUUUUGUCUCUUGUGAUCAGUUCUAAUGGUGAGCACUGUUAUAGCGGUGGAUUGGAUUCUACAAUACAGUGGUGGAAAAUGCCAAGUCCCAAUGUAGAUCCGUAUGACACGUAUGAUCCUAGUGUUCUUGCUGGCACAUUCAAUGGACACACAGAUGCAGUGUGGGGCCUUGCUCACAGUGGAAUUAAAGAUAGUCUGCUGUCCUGCUCUGCUGAUGGAACUGUCCGGUUAUGGAACCCACCAGAAAGCAAACCAUGUGUUGGCACAUAUAAUGGUAACAAAGAACAUGGAAUCCCAACCUCUGUAGAUUUUAUUGGCUGUGACCCUGCCCAUGCUGUUGCCUCAUUUACCAGUGGUUGCAUCGUAGUCUAUGACUUAGAAACAUCACAGUCUAUACUGCAGUUAUCUCCACCUACAGAUUCUAGUAUCCCAUUCAGUGGCCACAUAAAUAAAGUUGUAAGUCAUCCUACUCUUCCUGUUACAAUUGCUGCAUAUGAGGAUAGGCACAUCAAGUUUUAUGACAACAAAUCAGGCAAGACCAUUCAUUCAAUGGUUGCUCACCUGGAUGCUGUUACGAGUCUUGCAGUGGACCCCAAUGGAAUUUACCUGAUGUCUGGAAGCCAUGAUUGUUCUAUUCGUUUGUGGAAUCUGGACAGCAAGACAUGUGUGCAGGAGAUUACAGCCCAUCGCAAGAAAUUGGAUGAGUCCAUUUACGAUGUUGCCUUUCACCCAUCCAAAGCAUUCAUCGCCAGUGCUGGAGCAGAUGCUCUGGCCAAGGUCUUUGUUUGA